AUGAGCGGAGCCUAUUCCAAUGACUCUGACUUGAAGCACAUAUCCGAUGAGCCAAUUGAAGAGAGCCAGGAAUGCUUCAAGGCUGAUGUCACUCCAAAUCUAGAGAAUCUACCAGCCGAGCUGAGAACUCAACUCCUCCUGAGCAUGCCAGAUCUGCCAACCCUGCGCGCGCUCAUCCAUGCUUCUCCCACAAUGCACACCCAGUAUAGAUACGAUCGCGAUCAUGUGCUAUGGACUUGUCUGGAGCGCGAACUAAGUGGCUUCCUCAUCGACGCCUACGCCAAUAUGAUGUCUCGAGUGUGCGAGCUAGGAUCCCCGCGCACUGACGAGAAGAUCACUAGUUUUCUUGACACCUACUGGGGCUGGCUCUCAGGCGCAAGUCCGCUCCCGGAUCUACAGUCAAUUGACUCUGGUUAUAUACAUUGGAUGGCGGCGUACCACAUAUCCGUUGCUUGUCCUUUAGCUCGAAUGUAUAGCAGUUGGGCUCUCGAAACGCUACCAAUAGCACAAGAUAGUAGGGGCGUCAACUUGAGCAGAAGCGAGGAAAUCCGCAUUUUCCGGGCUCUCUAUCGGUAUGAGACCUACCACCACCUCUUUGGCAGGAACAAGGGCAGGCGCCACGGCGGAUUCCGCCAUCAUGAAAUCAAUGAGAUUUUCUUUUCUCAGUUCGCACCAUGGGAGGCUGAGGCAGUCGGUUGCGUCGAUAUAUUUAUCAGACAGAAGUAUAAAGACAUUUUCAGCGACGUGAAGGAUAACCUGCAUCCUCAGAAUGCGAGAUUCCGUCUCGAGAAUGGAACCUUCAACCCUGAAGGAUCUUUUAAUCUUGAAGGGGAGUAUGAUGAUUACAUGGACGGCACCGUAUCACGCGGCCUAAAGAUGGCAGUGCGACUUCUAAACAUCGAGGAUCACGAAAAGCUUGUUUCCAAGAUGCAGCGGUGCCUUACACAUGACCAAAAUUUGGAUGCACCAGUGAGAACAGCUAUCGGGUUAGCAGCGCAAAGUGACAGGCGCGAGAUGUCAACCAGCUUCCCUAACAAAAGAGACGAAGCUGAGCAAAGGCAGGACCCGAUCCGAUUUACAGGAGACACGGUACCCCCUAACGGCCCGCCCUUAGCUUGGGUUCUCCUAUGGGGUGGAAAGUAUGCAAAUAUCUACGGAGAAUAUGUACCAGAGUCGCUCAGGCGAUGGGGCUACGUUAUAUGGGACAAAAUUCGCUGGGAUAGCAUGGAGGCAAAAGAGCUUAUUGCGAGACAAUGGGAAAUGGAACCAGAGCUGGUUGAGGAGAUUAAGAUAGACAUCGGUUGGAGUCCUCUGGAAAGCGGAAGUGUAACUAUAGAGCAUAAGUAA